UGACAGACACAUCACAUCACGUUUAGUAGACCCUCGGACGAGACAGCGUUGACAGCAGCAGUCUCAUCUCGCAUCGCUCCUUCAUCACGUUCUACUUUUCCAGAGUUUCUCCAUUAAAAAUCUCAUCCUCCUACCAGAGAAAAAAAAUCUACAAAGUGUGUGCACUACUUUCUCCAAUUUUUGUCGCCAUUUAAAAAAUAACACAAACUACGAAAUGGAGAAAAUUCCUUCAACCUGUUUCAACCUUUUCCCCUUCAUCUCUACCAAUUCCCAGUUAUUUCACUCCGGAUCACCUCCCAUUUCCACGUCACCUCAAGGACUCACGACCAGUGCCAACCCCCCCGGUGGAGCAAAGUCAUUUAGCAUCGAGUCAAUUUUACAAGGAACGACCAAUUCCGUCAUCAACAACAACAAUGACACCCACAAAAGUGGGGACAGUGUGAGUGUAGGUGGACGAAGUGACACUUCGUCCCCAAUCUCGGUCACCAACUCGGUGUCCACAUCGAACGAGGUCAAGAGACGGUUACAUAUUAACUCUGGGGGCGGUGGGGGAACAACAAUUUGCAACAACAGCACUCCCCACACCACUUCGUCGUCUGGAAAUAUGGGCAUAAAUAACGUGGGAAGCAAUGGACACAACAACCUAUCAAGUUACCAACAUUUCCCAUUCAUUCAUCAUCCUGCAUUUCAUAUUCAUAAUCAGCAAGCGGCUGCAGAACUCCUUGCCGCAUAUCCGGGAUUCUACGGUCACUAUUUUCCAUCCCAUCACACCCUCGGCAAUUCGGCCAUUGUUGCAGCCGCAGCAGCAGCACAGUCAUUCUUGGGAGGCUCUGGAUCUGGUGGUGUCAAUGUGGGUGGAGGCAUGAUUUCCGGGCUUUUGGGCAGUGGACCCACCCCAAAACGAAAGAGAAGGCACAGGACAAUCUUUACAGAGGAGCAACUGGAGCAAUUGGAAGCAAAAUUUGAGAUCACUCAUUAUCCAGACGUGUGUGCAAGGGAGUCACUGGCAUUGAAAACAGACUUGAAGGAGGAACGUGUCGAGGUUUGGUUUAAAAAUCGAAGAGCAAAAUGGCGCAAGCAAAAACGCGAAGAACAGGAACGUCUCCGACGAAUUGGCGAAGAUUCUGAGAUGAAAUCAAAUAAAUUUUCUACCUCCUCUCGAAAUUCGUCUCCGUCGACCUUGCCCCCAGGAUCGACGGACAUUGGAGCCGCAUUAUCCAACCUGCUCCAUCUUCACCAUCAACAACAACACAACCAUCCACACCCUCAUCAUUCCCAUCAUCAACUUGGUGGGGCCAUGUUGCAAAUGUCAUUAAAUUCCGUGGACGCCUCCUCCUGCCCCGUGAGUCCAGCAUCGGUGGUGAGUUCUCCUCCUCCCCCGUCUCAAAUUCACCACCACCUUCACCAGCAACAGCAGCACAAGCAGCCCAACAACCCUGACGACGAUACCAAGAGACGUGGACGAAAACGCGUUUGUGGCGAUGACGGUGAUGAUUCCGAUGAUUUUUCGGAUGAUUUAAGUGAUUAAGAAGUGAUUACUUAGGUAGAUAUUUUCUGGGGUAGAUUUUAUCAUCAUAAUCAACAACAGUUUGCUAAAUAUAUGUACUUGUUCACGAAAAAGUCAUUGCAUUUAAAAUAUAAAUAUAUCAUAUCCAGUUUCAGUCAUAACACAAUGCAGGGUAUAAAUAUCUACAUAGAGGCACUUUAAUAGUUGCCAUUCAAAUAUUAUUUCUAGCUUUCACUCAUUAUGGUAAAGCUUGGGAGACACAGCACAAUCGCUUUUAGAUACUUAAUUUAAAAUGCAUCGACAAAAAUUGUAAAAAAAAUUGUAUAUUAAAUAUUGAGCACUAGUAUUCGUGUAAUAAGUGCUACACAACAAUCAUUACUUGCACCUCAUGUUAGGAUAUCGACUUAUUUAUUUUCACCAACUUAAAAUCAUCACUGAAUAUAAAUAUUUAAAAAUGUGUAUUAAUACGAAUAUGUACAUAUUAUGUAAAUAUGUUCGCAAAUAAAUAAAAAUCCGAGUCAGAUGGAUUGAACCUCUUAAGAACUAAA